AUGAAGACCCCUUGCAUCUCACCUGGCUCCCCGCCGGCGGCAGAGGGAGCGCCAGAGUGCCUCCAUCCCGUCUGGGCCUCCGCAGGCCCCUCGGCUUCGGGUGACGCAGGACGGCCCACGGGCGCCCAGCCUCAGCCCGGGACGACCCUGGCCUGCCGCCCGGCGAUCCCCACGCGGAGCCCGCCACCGCCCUGCGCAGGGAACUGCGCCUCCCGGCCGCCGUUGGAGCCAAGGCCCGGCUUACUCACCCCAGGCCCCGCCGCGGCGAGCAUCGCCGGGAGAAAAGGGAGGCGACGAGAAGAGGCCUCAGGGGCCGCCCCGGCAGCCCAAAGGAGCUCCCGCGCGCGGGCUCCGCCCCCGGCCCACCCCGACAGUCGUGUCGGCCUGGCCUGGAGGCGGAGCGGCAGCUCUCUUAGCGAGCCCUGCGGCUCCACCGCGGGCCAGACCGAACCCAGCUGGCGGAUGGAAAAAGUAGCAGGAGGGGAAAGCGUGGAAAUAAAAAAGAGAAAAAGGAUUAAAGCUCAAAGAGGAAAAGGCAAUGAUUAGACUACCCAUUCUGUCCAAGAUGAAGUAAUAAGAACCACAUGUACUAUCCCAUCUAAAGCAUCUAAAAAAG